GAAUCUCAGGCUGAACGGAGGUGGUGGACUCCUGUGUCCCCGGACUGCGGAAGAAAAUCGUGGGCGGGCUGGGCGCUUCAAGACCCACCCCGGCUGUCUGUCCAUCAUCUACGUUCCCGGAUGCACUGGGGCCCCGCGCCUGCCCCCGUCUCCAUGAACCACAACCACCACCCUCCCCCCAAACCCCCUCCGCUCCCCUAAGGACCGAAAGUCCCCGCGGGUGUCCCCGGCUCCAGGAUCCAGGCGGGCCGCGUGCGCCGGGAAGGAGGGCUUUGCAGGGGGGGAGCCACGCUGACCUGGCUCCGUCCCACCCGCGGCAACGGCGCCCGGCCCUCCGGGGCUGCCACGCGGGAGGCCCUCGCGCUGUGCCUUGCAAAAGAAAACACCUCAAGGAAAGAAGAAGAAGAAGAAAAAAAACAAAAAACUGAGCAAGAGAGACGCCCCUUCCGUUGCAUGCUAACCUAGCUAGCUGCAAGCCAUGAAACCCGCUGACCCCACUGCAAUCCCCCUGCGCUCGAGUGCCAAGAGAACCUGAUCCUAUGAAACACUGAAGCCAUAAGGAAAGCUUUUUCUUCCUCAAAAUUAACAACACAAUGAGGUGUUGCCACAGCUGUAAACUUCCGGGGAGAGUCAUGGGGGUCCGAGUGCUUCGCUUCUCCCUGGUGGUGACCCUCGUGUUACUGCUGGUCGCCGGGGCUUUGACCAAUUUACUUCCCCGCGUCAAAGAAGACGAGAUGCUGGCUCUGCGCAGGGAAAUAAAAUCCCCGAGCAAGUCGGCCCUGGAUUCCUUCACUCUCAUCAUGCAGACCCACAACAGAACAGAUCUCUUGCUCAGGCUCUUAAACCACUACCAGGCCAUCCCGCGCCUGCACAAGGUGAUCGUGGUGUGGAACAACGUCGGAGACAAGGGCCCGGACGAGUUGUGGAACUCCCUCGGGCCUCACCCUGUCCCCGUGGUGUUCAAAGCACAGACAGCAAACAGAAUGAGAAAUAGGCUCCAAGUCUUCCCUGAACUGGAAACCAGCGCGGUUCUGAUGGUAGAUGAUGACACCCUCAUUAGUGCUCAGGACCUUGUUUUUGCUUUCUCGAUUUGGCAGCAAUUUCCUGAUCAAAUCGUAGGAUUCGUUCCUAGAAAGCACGUCUCUACGUCCUCGGGAGUCUACAGUUACGGAGGCUUCGAGCUACAAACCCCAGGGUUUGGGAAUGGUGACCAGUACUCCAUGGUGCUCAUUGGAGCCUCGUUCUUCAGCAGCAAAUACCUUGAGCUCUUCCAGAGACAGCCUGCAGCCGUCCACGCCUUGAUCGACGACACCCAGAACUGUGACGACAUCGCCAUGAACUUCAUCGUCACCAAGCACCUCGGGAAGCCCUCGGGGAUAUUUGUCAAGCCCAUCAACAUGGUCAAUUUGGAGAAAGAAACAAACGGCUAUUCUGGAAUGUGGCACCGCGCGGAGCACUUCCUGCAGCGGUCCUACUGCAUUAAUAAGCUUGCGGCCAUCUACGAUGGCAUGCCCUUGAAAUACUCCAACAUCAUGAUUUCCCAGUUUGGCUUCCCGUACGCCAACCACAAAAGCAAAAUGUGAAAGCGAGACAAACAGCAAUAGCCCCGAGAACUGCUAGUGUUUGAGUGGCUUCCCGUGCUGUGGCUUUUUUGAUUUUUUUUUCUGUUUUUCAGCAACAUCAGGAAAUUUUGUCAGUCCAGAAGUCUUUACAAUAGACAAAGAACAACAACAAAAAAAAAAGUAUGCAGUAUUUCUAGUAUGUAAAAUUCACAUGAACUUCAAAAAGUAUCCUUCUUGUGAUGUUCCAACCCAAGGUUAUCUCCUUGGGCAGCGGGUUUCUUUUGUUUACAUCCUGAGACUAUUGUGUCAUUUCUUUCAUUCCUGGCAUUUGCCUUAAAGACCUUAAAGACUGGAUCAGAAAUUCAAGGAAGACGUUUCCUGGCUUGAUCUGCCUCCUCAGCAAAGCCUGCGGCAUAGGAAAAAGCCAUGCGAGAGGGUCAUCUGCACCCAGUGGUGGGCACCAGGAAGCCCCGCGGUGCCAGAGCAGAAUGCCCUGGGCCCGGCGUGGCUCUGCUGCAGCGGGCAGUGCUCCUAGAUCCUUGCUGAGCCUCUGGUGACUGGGAAGGGGGCGUCUGAAGCUGCCCCGCGUCCAGUUGUUUGCUUGGUUUUUGUGAACAUUUACUGCAUGGCUCGCCAAAAAUAAAUGAAUAAAUAAGCGCA